CUACGUGUAUACCUGGUCCCCUUGAGGUUUGCUGCCUGUCAACACGUACAGGUAAACAUAAGAAGAUAUAUAUAUGUUUACUACAUAUUGGAAACAGGUGUGAUUGGACAGAAGGACUUAUCAUGGGGAAUUGUCUGUCUCGUCAGGACCAAGGGACAGAUCAUACAACAGGAGAGUUAGCUUUAACCACCAUCGUACCAGAUCCUACUCCUACAGUCCCAAACACACAACAGCAGAAAGAUCACAAUGACCGAUUUCUGGUUGUCGCAAUCGACUUUGGUACAACAUACACCGGAUACGCGUUUUCCUUCCGGCAUGAAUAUGCGAGAGAUCGUCUAAAAAUUUCAACGAAUAUGUGGACUCACAACGUGGGACUGUCUGAAAAGGCACCGACCGCCGUUCUUCUAAACAAGAACCAACAAGUCGUUUCAUUCGGGUACGAGGCCUUACGAGAUUAUGCAGAACUGACAGAGGCUAAAAAACAGGCUACAUUCUUCUUCUUUCAUCGCUUCAAGAUGAAUCUAUAUACAGAUGAGCGAUUGAGAGCUAACACAAUGCUGGCAGACAUUCGUGGAAAACACGUUCCCGCCAUAGUUGUGUUCUCGGCUGUGAUUCGCUAUUUACGAGAGCACGCCAUUGAUCGUAUCAGAGGAAUCGACAACCAGUUGUGUCUGGACGGAAAGCACGUACAUUGGGUGCUGACAGUGCCUGCUAUUUGGCAUGACAAGGCGAAGCAGUUCAUGCGGAAAGCCGCGGAACAGGCGGGAAUCGAAGCUGACCGACUGACCCUUGCUCUGGAGCCCGAGGCAGCAUCUUUAUACUGUCGGUAUGUUCCGGUGUAUGACAGCAACGCCAUCUCGCGAAGCUGUGAGGAUCUCACACAGCCGGUUGCGGAUAGAUCUGAUAACUUCAACUACUUUGGACCGGGAACUAGCUACAUGAUCCUUGAUCUCGGAGGUGGGACAGUUGAUUUGACCUUUCACACUGUCCGUCAGGACGGUACUCUACAGGAACUUCAUCCGCCAUCAGGGGGAUAUUGGGGAGGCACAUUGGUGGACUCAGAGUUCUCAAACUUAAUCAUAAGUGCAUUAGGGGAAGCGGUUAUGAUGCGUGCACACGUUGAAUACCCAGAGGAAAUGAUAGAAUUUAUGUCCGAGUUUGAGGUGAAGAAGCGCAUGUUUAAAUGCAGCCAAACCGUGGCCGUGCAGAUAAAAAUUCCCGCGUGUUUAGUUGACCUUUAUUCUGACGUGCAUGGUAUCAGUCUUGCAGAAGGACUGGCUCAACAUGAAUUGAAAGGUAAACUGAGUCUGAAGCGAGAUAAACUUGUAUUAACCGCGGAGCUGGUCGAAUCUUUAUUUGCCCCGUCUCUGUCGCACAUCGUCGGACACCUAAUCCAGCUACUACAUUCGGAACCCAUUAAUCGUAUUGAUACAAUACUGUUAGUUGGAGGGUAUUCUGAAUCACCGGUCGUCAAGGACAAUAUUAGUCGGAUGUUUCCCCACAUUCGGGUCAUAAACCCUCCAGACGCUUCGUCCGCUAUUCUCAAGGGUGCUGUUCUCUUUGGGCACGAACCAUACGCCAUUGCUAGUCGUGUUUGUAGAAACACGUAUGGUAUCGCAAUGCAAAUUCCCUACAACCCAGAAAAACACUCGAAUGAGACGUGUCGAAUCUUCGAUGGAAUGGUCGACGACGUGUUUGAUGUUCACCUACGCGCAGGGGAUACGGCUGCGGUAGGGGCUAAGGUCGCUGAGAGGGACUAUUUCAUUCGUGAGGGGACCAUUUACGGUGUUCUCGACAUAUACGUGACGUCAAAUCGUUCUCCAGAGUUUGUAACAGAAGCCGGAUGUACGAAACUUGGGACUGUUACUAUACAAACUGAAAACGAAAACAAAGACAGGAGUACAAAAAUCGCAGUGCGACUGGUAUACCAUGGAACGGAGCUGGAUGUAGAGGCACGAGAAGUCGCCAGCGGAAAGAUCACCAAGAUAACGGUCGACUUCCUUGGCUGAUAAACGUAUCAAAGGAUACAGGAUGCCAUCAGUACCAUCAUUUUCAAAAGUAUCAUAAAUGUCAUAAGUACUGUAAGUGUCAUACGUGUAAUAUGUACCAUUAGUGUCAUUAUUACUGUACAUUUGUAUGUAGCGUAAGUGUAAUAAAUAUCAUUAGUGUCAUUAGUACUAUAAGUGUCAUACGUGUCAUUAGUACUAUAAGUGCCAUAAGUGUAUUAAGUGCCAUUAGUGUCAUUAGUACUAUAAGUGUCAUACGUGUCAUUAGUACUAUAAGUGCCAUUAAUGGCAUUAGUACUAUAAGUACCAUAAGUGACAUUAGUACAAUAAGUGCCAUAAGUGUCAUUAGUAUCAUAAGUACCAUAAAUGUCAUUAGUACAAUAAGUGCCAUAAGUGGCAUUAGUACUAUAAGUGCCAUAAGUGUAAUAAGUGCCAUUAGUGUCAUUAUUUCUAUAAGUGUCAUACGUGUCAUUAGUACUAUAAGUGCCAUUAGUGGCAUUAGUACUAUAAGUGCCAUUAGUGGCAUUAGUACCAUAAGUGCCAUAAAUGCCAUUAGUAUCAUAAAUGUCAUUAGUACAAUAAGUACCAUAAGUGUCAUUAGUACAAUAAGUGUCAUUAGAACCAUAAGUGCCAUAAGUGACAUUAGUACCAUAAGUGCCAUCAAUGUUAUUAGUAUCAUAAAUGUCAUUAGUAUCAUAAGUGCUAUUAGUACCAUAAGUGUCAUUAGUACAAUAAGUGCCAUAAGUGUCAUUAGUAAAUAAAUGUCAUACGUGUCAUUAGUACAAUAAGUACCAUAAGUGUCAUUAGUACAAUAAGUGUCAUAAGUACAAUAAGUGUCAUUAGUACAAUAAGUGCCAUAAGUGUCAUUAGUACUAUAAGUGCCAUAAGUGUAAUAAGUGCCAUUAGUGUCAUUAUUACUAUAAGUGUCAUACGUGGCAUUAGUACUAUAAGUGCCAUUAGUGGCAUUAUUACCAUAAGUGCCAUAAAUGUCAUUAGUACAAUAAGUGUCAUUAGUACAAUAAGUGUCAUUAGUACCAUAAGUGCCAUAAGUGACAUUAGUACCAUAAGUGCCAUCAAUGUUAUUAGUUUCAUAAAUGUCAUUAGUAUCAUAAAUGUCAUUAGUACCAUAAGUGUCAUUAGUACAAUAAGUGCUAUAAGUGUCAUUAGUAAAUAAGUGUCAUACGUGUCAUUAGUAUAAUAAGUACCAUAAGUGUCAUUACUACAAUAAGUGUCAUUAGUACAAUAAGUGCCAGAAGUGUCAUUAGUACUAUAAGUGUCAUACGUGUCAUUAGUACCAUAAGUACCAUAAAUGUCAUUAGUACUAUACGUACCAUUAGUGUCAUUAGUACUAUAAGUACCAUAAGUGACAUUAGUACUAUAAGUACCAUAAGUGACAUUAGUACUAUAAGUACCAUUAGUGGCAUUAGUACCAUAAGUGCCAUAAAUGUCAUUAGUAUCAUGCAUGGCAUUAGUAUCAUAAGUGUCAUUAGUACUAUAAGUGUCGUACGUGUCAUUAGUACUAUAAGUGCCAUAAGUGACAUUAGUACUAUAAGUACCAUAAGUGACAUUAGUACUAUAAGUGUCAUAAGUGUCAUUUGUGCAAUAUAAAUGUUUAAUCGAUAAUAAUUUUACAAUUACGGCGUCGAUUCGGGAAAUCGGUUGUGGCAAUUACGGUUGUCUAACCAGACCUUAUUAUUAAUGUAGUCCUCUUUCCGUACUUUUAGGAAAUACUGUUGCUUCAUCAAUGAUGCAUUUGCAGUUAAGGAGAGAACGACCAUUUAACCGCAUUGACGUUAGUAUGACACAGCUAAUAACCGACAUGUUAGAUGGGGCACAUUUCUAAAGGCAUUCUUACUACCGUAUGUGCCUUCCCAUUGACGUUUAUUUCUUAUAUUUGCAUCCAUAAAUUGUAAAAAUGUUGCAUGAAGGAAAGAGAAAUAAAGUUUCCGUCACACUAUACAACAAA